UCAUCAUCCACAAAAUCAAGGAUUCCCCAACGUUAAAGGUAUUAUAAUUUUCCUAAAGGGUGCGACACUAACGAAUAAGUUUAGAUUCUCACCCUUAAAGUGCCCCAAAACAUCCCAAAAGGAGUCGCUCGCUCAUAUCUUCACCUUGCCCCUAUCAGGAUGAAUAUAAAAAAUUAUUUAUAAAGUAUUUGUCAACAACGAUAUGCUUAGUAGUAUUUUAAUAAUCAGAACUAAAAAAACUAAUUCAAGAUAAUAAACGAAGAAAUAAAAAAAAAAAAUAUUAAUAAUAAUCAUAAUGGCAAACACCGCUCAUUUAGUACGCAGACAAAGUUCACGGGAUUUAAAACCACAAAAAAGUGUUGAUCGACUUGAAAUGAAAGAAAUGCGUGGCAGACUGGUGGUCGAUAGUCGUAAAAAUCCAACAACUAAUUAUGGAACCGCAAACCCAGGAUUCGAUGACUCAAGUCCUAAUACCAAGGCUAAAAAACCCAAUGUAAGUGGUAACGUUAAUUUGAAUGUAAGUAGCAGUAUAGUUGAAAGUGGAGCAGCUAAAAUGCCAACUGGUAGUAGUGAAGGUAAAGGAAUAUUUCGUCCUGAAGCGGGCGAGGAUGAGCGAGAAAAUUGGGAUAGUAAAUUAACAUUCUUAUUGGCAACUGUUGGGUAUGCUGUUGGAUUGGGAAAUGUUUGGAGAUUUCCAUAUCUUGCACAAAAAAACGGUGGUGGGGCAUUUUUAAUACCUUAUUUUGUUAUGCUGGCAAUCGAGGGUAUACCGAUUUUUUAUUUGGAACUUGCCAUUGGACAGCGAUUAAGAAAAGGAGCUAUCGGGGUUUGGAAUCAGGUAUCGCCGUAUCUUGGAGGUAUAGGAAUAAGUAGUGCUGUUGUAUCUUUUAAUGUCGCACUAUAUUAUAACACAAUAAUUGCCUGGUGCCUUUUCUAUUUUGUUCAAAGUUUCCAGUCGGAAUUACCGUGGUCAGAAUGCCCGAAUAAAUAUUUUCAAAAUGGAUCAUACGCUCCGGAACCUGAAUGUCAGGAAAGCAGUCCUACGCAAUAUUUUUGGUAUCGUACAACACUAAUGAUUUCAAAGGACAUCAAUACUCCGGAAGUGUUCAAUUGGAAAAUAGCUUUGGCACUUGUUAUUGCUUGGAUUUUAGUUUACAUGUGUAUGAUAAAAGGAAUAGCAUCAUCGGGAAAAGUUGUUUACGUAACAGCAACUUUUCCAUAUCUUGUAUUAAUAAUAUUUUUCUUCCGCGGUGUAACAUUACCAGGAAUGUCGGAUGGUCUCCGUCACUUGUUUACACCAAAGUGGUAUACAUUAACAGAUCCGGUUGUGUGGCUCGAAGCAGGAACACAAAUAUUUUUUUCUCUUGGUUUAGCUUUUGGUGGACUAAUAGCAUUCUCUUCUUACAAUCCUGUUAACAAUAAUUGCUAUCGUGAUGCAAUAAUGGUCAGCUUGACAAAUUGUUUUACUUCAAUGUUUGCUGGGAUCGUGGUGUUUUCAAUUAUCGGUUUCAAAGCAACGAUGGUUUAUGAAAAAUGUCUAGCUGAUAGAAAUUUAACUUUAAUAAAUAUAUUCGGACAUCCGGAAAAAAUUCCCAUUGAAAUUCCACCAGCUGGUACAUUAUUAAAUUUUACAAACGGUAAUAAUAGUGUUGAUAACAUUAUCAUGCCUGAAAUUGCCGAGUGUGAUUUACAAAAAGAAUUAGAUAACUCUGCAUCAGGAACAGGUUUGGCAUUUAUUAUUUUUACGGAGGCAAUCAAUCAAUUUCCCGGUGCUCAAUUCUGGUCAGUAUUAUUCUUUCUGAUGCUUUUUACACUCGGUAUUGAUUCGCAAUUCGGGACACUGGAGGGUGUUGUAACGAGUAUAGUUGAUAUGAAACUUUUUCCGAACUUACGGAAAGAAAUUUUAACUGGUGUAAUAUGUUUAGUAUGUUGUAUGAUUUCAAUGGCAUUUGCUCACGGAGCUGGAAGUUAUGUAUUUGUCUUAUUUGACAAUUUUAGUGGUAAUUUUCCAUUAUUGAUAAUAGCCUUUUUUGAAUGUAUCGGAGUAUCUUAUGUCUAUGGAUUAAGACGAUUUGCUGAUGAUAUUGAAUUGAUGACGGGAAAUAGACCAGGAUUAUAUUGGUUAAUUUGCUGGAAAUAUUUAAGUCCAUUGGCAAUGUUAACUAUUUUAGUAGCUUCAUUUGUUGAAAUAAUAUGUGAAGGUAGUGGUUAUCAAACGUGGGUUCCUAAUAAAGGAGCAACUGAAAGACAAGAAUGGCCUACUUGGGCAUUAGUACUUAUAUUUAUUUUAAUAUUAGCAUCUGUACUUUGGAUACCGGCUGUUGCAAUAUUCCGAUAUUUCGGAAUUCAUAUUAUUGAUGACAAUGAAAAAGCAUGGUUCCCUGCUGAAGAUCUUAAAGAAUUUCAUGGUAUUGUACCCCAUGAAGUUACUGCAGCAGAGACAUUACUAUUUUGUAUCAGAGCUGAUGGCUCUGAAGGCCUAUGCUGCCCUACAGGAGGUCUUAAUGAUGAUGACGAUGAUAUAAAUAAUGGUAAUCUUACCUAGAACGUUAUUUAACGAUAUAAAAAUCACACCAACAUCCCAUCAAAUGACAAUAAAAAUACUUUUAAAUCAAGGUAACAUAAUUAUAAUAAAACUCGCUACUCUCGUUAUUCGAAUCAAAAAUUUCAUAUAUCAUGUUUAUAUUUUAUUAUUAAUAUACAUUUUAUCUUAUUUAUUUGUUUAUCUAUUAUUUUUUUUUUUCGGUUUGAUAAACGAUCGUAAAGUUAACCGUGUCAAUUAUGCUAAUAUAUCUAUAGAUAUAGUACAGUUGCAUAUUCUCUUGUUAGCUAGAGUUAAGUUUAUAAUAUUUAAUGCUAAUAGCUAUUAUUAAAAUUAAUAUUUAUUAUAUUGACGCAGAUCAUAUCGGAUGAUGUAUCAAAUUUAAAAAUUUUCAUAUCAAAGCUCUCGAGCAAUAUUAAUCUUAUGCAUCUUUCUCAUGGAAAAAAACUAUUUAAUAAUGUAUUACAGAAAGUAAACAUUACAAAGAAAAUAUUAUUACUUAUUAUAGGAAUUUUUUUAUAUUUAUUUAUUUUUAAAAUUUUCAAGAUAUAUUUUUAAGCUUUCAUUUAAAGAUUACUAAAAUUUUUUUAUAUAGUACAAAAUUUUUUCAUUAAUUUUUGAAGCUUAUUAUGUAUUGUUAUGCCUUGGAAAUUUUUCGGUAUCUUCUUGAAUAAUAACGACACUCGAUGUAAUCGAAAAAUAAUUAAAGCAUAAUCUCUAAUGAAAAAAUACAAUGAGACUAUUCAUAAAUAUGUUUUCUGUGAUUUAACCAUAUAUCGAGCUGGAUUCAAAUUCAAAAAAUACAGUACUAACUUUUUUUUUAAAAACCUUGAUUAUAGUUUUUGAUUAUUGCGAAUUUAUUAAAUCAAUAAUUUUUAUUUAUACAUAAAAAAAAAUCGAUUUUCAAUUAAAACUCAGGUUUUUCAAAUAACUAUCAGUUUUAAAUUUGAUAGACUCAUGGACAAGAAAAAAACAAAUCUUGAAGUGAAAUAAAAUAAAUUGUGAUUGAAUUUUUUCAAAAACGUUAAUGAUAAAAAACUUUCAAAAUUGAGACAAUUCUGAACUUUAAUUUGAACAUUUUUUGAACUUUUCCUAUGCGUUUCUUUUUAUUCUUUGAGCAAAAAUGAUUUGAUUUGACAAUUUUUUGGGUUUAAAGAACAUUAAAAAAAAAAGAAAUUAAUGAAGAAUUAUGAACAUUUACGACUUGGACUAGAAUUAUUCAGGUAUGAGUAAAAAAAAAAUGAAAAUUUAUUUAAAAAUAUUCCUAACGUAUCUUUACUUUUAUCAGAACUUUUUGGGACAUCAAGUUCAGAAAGUCUUAAUUUUGGAAGUUCAUUGUCAUAUCAUUUAUAGAACUAAUUUUUUGACGCGGACAUUUAUGAUUUGGAAAUUAAAAGUAUCGAAAAGUAAAGUAUAUAAAUAAGUUGGUCUAUAAUGAUAUUUAUAUUUUAUAUUUUCGACUGGUUCGAACUUGUUCUAUUCUUUAAGUAAUUUCCAUUAAAUUUCGAGGAAAAUUUUUAACAGUGUAAUUUUAAUUAUAAUAAAAUAUUUCUAUCGUAAUAGUGAUAUUUUAAUUCAAUUCUUUAAAUUUUAAUCAGUGGGUUUUUUUCAUGAGAAAAGAUUCAUAUCUGAUAUAACAGAAGUACCUAAUGGAGAAAAAAAAAUAUGAUAAAAAUAACAAAAAUAGAAAAAAAAAUAUUAAGUAACUGUACUGAAAUUAGUAUAGGAACCGUCCAUUGGGCAUGAUAUAUAGUCUCAAUUUAUUCAAAUGUUUUAAUGAUAUAAAAAAAAAGUUUAUGGUUUCAAAUAAACGGUAAUAACUUUUCAAAUAAGUGUUGCUUAUAUUCACAUAAACUACUAACGAACGACAAUAAAACGUCCACAUUUACCAUAUCAUUGAUGGAAAAAUGGACAAGUAUUUAUAUAAUUGACAAUAAUUUUACUGAAAUGUAAUGUUACCGCCAUAGUUAUAAUAAUGAAAAAAAAAAAAAAAAAAAUUAACGAUUGUUCAAUAAUUAAAAAUAAUCAAAGUGAUAAUAAUUGAAACCUGGAAAUAUUAACUAUAUUUAUUUAUUUAUUAAUAAUGCAAGUUUAAUGUAUAUUUUUUCAUGAUACCAGCAUCGAAACUUGAAGUUUCAGUGUCUCUACAGCCAGUCGAAAGAAGCUAAUUUCAGUCCAAUGCCACGAAUGAAUAUAAGAAAACGCGUAAAUUGUGAAUGCCUUCAGUCAACGGGCAGAAACAAACUUGUUUUGACCUUGGGGUAAAAACAAAUAAUGUUUCUGUCCACUGACUGAAAGCAUUCGAAAAUUUAAACUCUGAUACUUGUCAUUUAAUAGUGAUUUCAGACCAUUACUUUUAUUUACGUAAAUGACAGUUCUGACUAAUUAAGUUUUAUAAAAAUCAGUGUGAAUAAUAAUUAGUAUUUAUAGUUUCUGUUAAUUAAUAACUGCAAAUGACAAUUUAUGCUUACGCUAAUAGUUGAUGAAUAAUCACACUAUUGGUCUUAGAUUAACUUGUUUCUGACUAGCUGCUAACAAUGAAACUUUAAGUUCCGAUGAAGGUAAUCAUGAAAAAUAUUGUGUGUAACUCAGGAUGCAACACAAUUUCAAACUGCGGGUGAUGUCAGCUCUUAUCUACGACUCGAGCAGCCAACUUCACCCUGGUCUGAAAUCAUUUUGUUUUAUCCCUUGUCACACAAUAUAUUAUUUUUUAUGCUUCCAUUAACUAUAUCCAUUAAAACAUAUCGACGUUAGUCUUUUUUAGUAAAAUAAUUAUUUCGCGACCUCAUGCCUUCUACUUUAAUGUAUGUACAUUCACUUCAAUUGUUCUAUCUACAUAUAUAUGUACACAUAUCCUAACGAUUAAGUAUCACCUAUACCAUAUCGAAAGAUUUAGAUAUGUGUAGAAUUGUGUUAUGCAAGGAAGAUAUACAAAAAUAACGUUGCCAUAAAAUCUACUGGGCGAUAAUACUUUGAAUGGAAAAAUAAAUAAUUAUUAAUCGAAAUACGUUAAUCUUAAUAAUAAAAUAUUAAAAUUAUAAUAGUCAUAAGUUAAUGAAGAAAUGAAGAUAAAAAAUUUUUUUUUGUUCAAACGUUUUUGCUUAAAUUUAAAACAAAAGUUUAUGACUGAUCACCCAUAUCGGAGAAAUAAAUAAAAUCGAUAAAAAUAUACAGAAGGUGUAAGAAAAAAAAUAUAUAUUAAUCGCUAUAUAGUCAUUUAAUUUAGUUUUAUGGUAAGUUUAGUAGAAAAUAUAAAAAAAGUAUAUAUAUAUAUAUAAAGUUGUAAAUAGUGAUAAAAUUCAUGCGCACAGAAAAAUGAUUAAUGGAAUUAAAUUUUAAAUUUAAUAAAAGAAAAAGAAAGAGUAAAACAGAUUUAAAUAGUAGAUACAUAAAAAUGCUUGUUAGCGUAACGAUUAAUAAAAACUGAAAAAAAAUACCAGUUGACAAUAAGAUCAUUUGAUCAUUUGACAAUAAAUAAUAUGGUAUUUUGAUAUUAUAAAUUUUAGUCGUAUGCACGGAAAAAAAGUAAGCAAAAAUUACUAUGCGGAAAGUAACCCAAACUAAUGGGAUCCGAUAGCUUUGACUUUUGACAAAAGUUAAAAAUUACUAUUCAAUAAGUAAAAUUUGCUAUCAUCAAUUGAAAAUUACUGACCGUUAGUAUCUUUUAUUUAUGGAAUAGUAGUUUUUCACUUAUGCCAAAAGUAAAAGCUAUCGGAUUUAUUAAUGGCUUCGGAUUACUUUCCAGAUAGUAAUUGUAGCUAAAUUUUGAAAUCCGUUUUUUUCCGUGUGUGAAUAACCUUUUGACAAUAAAAUGUGCUUUACUUUGUUUAUUGAAAUAAUAUAUAUUUUAUUUAUUUAUUUAUUUUAUUACUGUUAUAUUAUGUAUGAUACAAAGAUGGACAUUAUAUGUUUUGCUUCCAUUUUCGUAGUAUGUUAUUUAUUUUUAUUAUAAACAUUAGUCAACGGAUAAAAGAUAACAACAAACAUUACAAUUUCACGUAGUAAUAAAUGCGAGACUUCGAAUAGAAAACCGAAAUCUUAAAAAAAAUUCUGUAAAAAUUACAGUUUCAAAUAAUAAUAGCAUCAGGACGUUGUAAAAAUUUAGUUAAAAGUACAUCUAAAACUGGGAAAUUUACUACUUAGAAUUCAAUUUAAUAAAAUUAUGGUAAAAGCUGUGAUUUUUACAAAAUUUUUUCAAAUAUUUCCAGUUUUCGAUUCGAAGAGUGGCAUUAUUAUACAAAAUUGUAAUUUGUGUUGUUUUUUUUUGUUUCCGUGUAAUUAUUCUAAAUUAAUAAUCAUAAUGUUAUUAUAAAAUAAAAACUAAGAUAUAAUUGUUCAUAUAAUACAAAUAUAUCUUAGAUUUUUAGUAAUUGUUACAGUAAAAUAUUUAUUGAUGAUUUUCGAUGAAAAUAUACGAUACUUAAGUAAGUGAAGUAAGUAAUAUUCUAUAAUAAAUAUAACAUAAAUUAAUUAUAUAUAAAAUAUACAUGUAUACUUACAAUGUAUACUUCAAAGUUGUAUAUACAUUGUUGUCAGUUGAUGUUAAAUAAACGACAUAAAAAAA